GUGUGGAGAGUUUGCGCAGAGGGGGAAGGGAGUCUAGAAAACAUGCCCCUGGCCACAGCGCUGGCAGGCAGUGAUGCUUGGUAACUCAGGAGGUGUUGGCAUGAACAGAAUUCGGAUCCAUGUUUUGCCGUCGAGCCGAGGACGCCUUACUCCUGUGCCGCGGCCCCAGGAACCUCUGUCAUGUGCCUUUACUCACCGCCAGUGUUCCCAGCCACGGCUGGAAGGGCAGGAGUUUUGUAUUAAGCAUAUCCUGGAAGACAGGAGUGCCCCUUUCAAGCAGUGCAGCUACGUUUCGACAAAGAAUGGAAAGCGGUGUCCGAAUGCUGCGCCCAAACCGGAGAAGAAGGAUGGUGUGUCCUUCUGCGCGGAACAUGCCCGUAGGAAUACUCUGGCACUCCAAGCUCAGAUGAAAAAGUCCAAUCCUGGACCUGUAAGCGAGACUCUCCUUUGCCAGCUUAGCUCUUACGCCAAAACAGAGCUGGGCUCCCAGACUGCAGAGAGUAGCCGCAGUGAAGCCAGUCGAAUUCUAGAUGAGGACAGUUGGAGCGAUGGCGAACAGGACCUUAUCACGGUGGACCAGACGUGGCGAGGGGACCCAGACAGCGAGGCUGACAGCAUUGAUAGCGACCAGGAGGAUCCCUUAAAGCACGCUGGUGUAUACACAGCCGAGGAGGUGGCUUUGAUCAUGCGAGAGAAGCUGAUCCGCUUGCAGUCUCUGUAUAUCGACCAGUUCAAACGACUCCAGCACCUUCUGAAAGAGAAGAAACGUCGAUACCUGCACAGCCGCAAGGGAGAACAUGAAGCCAUAGGCAACAGCCUUCUGACGGGCCCAGAGGGGCUCAUGGCCAAGGAGCGGGAGAACCUGAAGCGACUGAAGUGCCUGCGACGCUAUCGGCAGCGCUACGGCGUGGAGGCCCUGCUGCACCGCCAGCUGAAGGAGCGCAGGAUGCUGGCGACGGACGGCACGGCCCAGCAGGCACACACCACUCGCUCCAGCCAGAGGUGCUUGGCCUUUGUUGAUGAUGUUCGAUGCUCCAACCAGUCUCUCCCGAUGACCAGGCACUGCCUUACCCACAUCUGUCAAGAUACUAAUCAGACUCUGUUUAAACCGUGUCAAGGAUCAGAGGAAGUGCCGUGCAACAAGCCCGUUCCUGUAAGCCUCUCCGAGGAUCCGUGCUGCCCACUUCAUCUCCGACUGCCUCCUCAGAUGUACGUACCUGAGCAGGUACUGUCUGUUCCGGAGGAGCUGGAAGCUGCCCCCACAGAUCUGUACUUGAGCGCUGCUGAGCUCCAGCCCACGGAAAGCUUGCCCCUGGAGUUCAGUGAUGACUUGGACGUGGUGGGUGACGGCAUGCAGUGUCCCCCGUCCCCUCUGCUCUUUGAUCCUUCUAUGGCCCUCGAGCAGUCAAUCAGAGACGUGGCCGAGGCCCCCAUAGACAUAUUGGCCCUCGAGGAAGCUUCCCCAGCAGGCAUCCCACCGCAGAUGGUGCCGACGGACAGAGGGAGCUUGUCUGCCCACGUCUUCUCCCCAGCCGCGGAGCCUCCUGCAGAGCUGCCUGCACAGAGUCACCUGCCGCUGGUGGGGUGCUGGCCCGGGCCGAGGGAUGACAGGAGGCCGGAGGAAGCCACGUCCUCUGCCCAGGCCCACGGAGCAGCCGCAGCCGCCAACGGGAACCUAGAGCCGGCGUCCGUGAGCUGAGACUGGGACCGAGUGGCCUAAGAUCCCUCGUGAAUCCUCUCACCGAGCCCUGGCAGCCCCUAGGCAGGACACACACGUUAUGAACACGCAGAGGCCGGCGCGACCGCCCGGCACCUUCCCAAGCUGCGGCUCUGCCUCUGCCGGAGAGAUUCCUGGAGCGGCGGGGCCUGAAGCGCCUGAGCGGGGGCCCACAGCCGGGCCGGUCCAGCCCGUCCUUGCCUGCGUCCCCGGCUCUGGCUGCCGCGGGUGUGGUGGAGCCUGCCAGGGCCCGCUGGCCAGGGAGAGUCUGGUAGCAGCGGGGGGACGUUGGAGGUGUUCAGGGGAGGGAUCCUUGGGUGACUUGUGGGGAAAGGAUGGGGUGGUUCUCCGUGCUCCCGAGUGAAGCUGUGGUCUCCUCGGAGGGGUGAGAUGUGCCGGUAAGAAAUGGCUUUGCAGGUGAGGAAAGGAUGUCCCGUGCGUGGCACGUCAGGACAGUGCGUGCGCUUGUCGGAGGCCUGGUCUGCUCCUCGCACGCUCCCGUGCACCCGGGCAGAUCCCGUAGCGGCGUGCCGGCUCGGCUCCGGUGUGCCGCGGUGCCCUGCGGCUGCUGCCACCCCAGGCGGACUCCUGACUGGCUUCGGUCUGCAGGCGCUGAUCCCGUGCGUGUGUGUGUGAAUGUGCUGUGUAAAGUUGUGGGUUUGCGGGAGGAGGUUUCCCCUCCCACAGGUAACCCGGACAAUAAAGAGCAGCAGAUACUGA